GCAGAGGCUGAUGGGGGGCUGGAGCCUGUGAGGCUUCCAGCGUCGGUACCAUGGCGACGCGCGGUGGGGCUGGGGUGGCAAUGGCGGCUUGGUCCCUCUUAUCCGCCCGGGCCUUGACCGCGUUCCUUCUGUUGUUCCUCCCUCGCUUCUUACAGGCCCAGACCUUCUCUUUCCCUUUCCAGCAGCCGGAGAAGUGCGACAACAACCAGUACUUUGAUAUCUCCGCCCUCUCGUGUGUUCCUUGUGGAGCUAACCAGAGGCAAGAUGCCCGAGGAACUUCAUGUGUAUGUCUACCAGGAUUUCAGAUGAUCUCUAAUAAUGGAGGACCUGCUAUUAUUUGUAAAAAGUGCCCAGAAAACAUGAAAGGUGUUACAGAAGAUGGCUGGAACUGCAUUUCUUGCCCUAGUGACUUAACUGCCGAAGGAAAAUGUCACUGUCCCAUUGGCCAUAUUUUAGUGGAAAGAGACAUUAAUGGAACAUUGUUGUCUCAAGCAACUUGUGAGCUCUGUGAUGGAAAUGAAAACUCUUUUAUGGUAGUAAAUGCUUUAGGAGACAGGUGCGUCCGAUGUGAGCCAACAUUUGUUAAUACCAGCAGGUCCUGUGCAUGUUCAGAACCUAACAUUUUAACAGGGGGAUUAUGUUUCAGCAGCACAGGGAAUUUUCCUCUACGUAGAAUUUCAGCUGCACGUUAUGGAGAAGUUGGCAUGUCUUUAACUUCAGAAUGGUUUGCAAAGUAUUUGCAAUCAUCAGCAGCUGCAUGUUGGGUAUAUGCCAAUCUAACAUCUUGUCAAGCUCUUGGAAAUAUGUGUGUGAUGAACAUGAAUUCUUAUGACUUUGCCACAUUUGAUGCAUGUGGACUAUUUCAGUUUAUCUUUGAAAAUACUGCUGGACUGAGCACUGUUCAUUCUAUUUCAUUUUGGAGACAGAAUCUUCCUUGGCUGUUUUAUGGAGACCAGUUAGGAUUAGCACCUCAAGUGCUCAGUUCUACCUCUCUUCCUACAAAUUUCAGUUUUAAAGGAGAAAACCAGAAUACAAAACUGAAGUUUGUUGCUGCUUCCUAUGAUAUAAGAGGAAAUUUUCUCAAGUGGCAAACUUUAGAAGGAGGUGUUUUACAGCUUUGUCCAGACACAGAGACAAGGCUAAAUGCUGCUUAUUCAUUUGGAACAACCUACCAACAAAAUUGUGAGAUUCCUAUCUCUAAGAUCUUAAUUGACUUUCCCACUCCUAUAUUUUAUGAUGUGUACCUUGAAUAUACUGAUGAAAAUCAACAUCAAUAUAUUUUGGCUGUGCCUGUGUUAAACCUAAAUCUUCAACAUAAUAAGAUAUUUGUGAACCAAGACAGCAACUCUGGAAAGUGGCUUCUAACUCGGCGCAUUUUCUUAGUGGAUGCAGUAAGUGGACGAGAAAAUGACUUAGGAACUCAGCCAAGAGUAAUUCGAGUUGCUACUCAAAUAUCACUGAGCGUCCACCUUGUACCCAACACAAUAAAUGGAAACAUCUACCCUCCCUUAAUCACCAUUGCCUACAGUGACAUUGAUAUCAAAGAUGCCAACAGCCAGUCUGUGAAGGUUUCUUUCUCAGUCACAUAUGAAAUGGAUCAUGGAGAAGCACAUGUCCAGACAGAUAUUGCUUUGGGUGUAUUGGGUGGGCUAGCUGUUUUAGCAUCUCUUUUGAAGACAGCAGGAUGGAAGAGGCGCAUUGGGAGUCCCAUGAUUGAUUUACAGACAGUUGUGAAAUUCUUGGUGUACUAUGCUGGUGAUCUAGCCAAUGUUUUCUUUAUCAUCACAGUGGGAACAGGUCUUUACUGGCUUAUUUUCUUCAAAGCACAGAAGUCUGUGUCUGUUUUGCUGCCAAUGCCAGUUCAGGAAGAACGUUUUGUCACUUAUGUUGGAUGUGCCUUUGCUCUGAAGGCACUACAAUUUUUGCAUAAGCUCAUAUCCCAGAUUACAAUAGAUGUAUUCUUUAUUGAUUGGGAGCGACCUAAAGGAAAGGUUCUUAAAGCUGUUGAAGGUGAGGGUGGUGUACGAAGUGCCACUGUUCCUGUAAGCAUAUGGAGAACAUAUUUUGUAGCAAAUGAAUGGAAUGAAAUUCAGACUGUGAGAAAAAUUAAUUCACUCUUUCAAGUACUUACUGUCCUCUUCUUUUUGGAGGUUGUGGGAUUCAAGAACUUAGCAUUAAUGGACUCAUCUUCUAGUCUUUCUAGAAACCCACCUAGCUACAUAGCUCCUUAUAGCUGCAUUUUGAGAUAUGCAGUGUCUGCUGCUCUUUGGCUAGCCAUUGGAAUUAUACAGGUCGUGUUCUUUGCUGUCUUUUAUGAGAGAUUUAUAGAAGAUAAAAUUCGACAGUUCGUUGAUUUAUGCUCUAUGAGUAAUAUAUCAGUGUUUCUGUUAUCCCACAAAUGUUUUGGAUAUUACAUUCAUGGUAGAUCAGUACAUGGGCAUGCAGAUACUAAUAUGGAAGAAAUGAAUAUGAACCUUAAAAGAGAAGCGGAAAAUUUGUGUAGCCAGAGAGGUUUGGUACCCAACACAGAUGGUCAGACUUUUGAGAUUGCAAUUUCUAACCAGAUGAGACAGCAUUAUGACAGAAUUCAUGAGACACUAAUAAGGAAAAAUGGUCCUUCUAGACUACUGAGUUCAUCAGCAAGUACUUUUGAGCAGAGUAUAAAAGCAUAUCAUAUGAUGAAUAAAUUUCUUGGCUCCUUCAUUGACCAUGUUCAUAAGGAAAUGGAUUACUUUAUAAAAGAUAAGUUGCUUCUUGAAAGAAUUCUUGGAAUGGAAUUCAUGGAACCAAUGGAAAAAAGCAUCUUUUACAAUGAUGAAGGUUAUUCUUUCAGCAGUGUCCUGUAUUAUGGCAAUGAAGCUACUCUUCUUAUUUUUGAUCUGCUGUUCUUCUGUGUUGUGGAUUUGGCUUGCCAAAAUUUUAUUUUAGCAUCCUUCCUUACAUAUCUACAACAAGAGAUUUUUAGAUAUAUCCGUAAUACAGUAGGACAAAAGAAUUUGGCAUCCAAAACAUUGGUGGAUCAAAGAUUUUUGAUUUAACUUCCUGAAUAAAUAAAGACUCAGUAUAAUCAUGGCCAAAAAAAAGUCAUGAUAUCAGGUUAGUUUGCCAUAUUUUUUAAAACUUAUAAUGCAGACUAUUCUGGUUUUGUUUUUUAUUUGCAGAAAGAUUUAUUUUUAUAACUUGGGAAUAUAUAACCUGAUAUAAUAGAAAAUACUGUUUUCCCAUUGUGUGUAGUAUUUAAUGCAGUAAAUAAUAAAUUAAUACUGACAGUGAGGCCAAAAAAAAUCUAAAUGUUGCUUUCAGCAUAAUACUUUUUAAUGAUAAUUAAAACAGUCCCCAUCAUUUGUCUCUGUAGAUUAUUUUAUAAACUGAGAGCUGCCUGAAUCUUCUCACAUUGACAAAGUAAUUUGAUUCCAAGUUUAAGACUAGUUUUCAGUUUGAUAUUUUCAUGUUUUGUGUGCUUAUGGUUAAAUAAAUGUUGAAAGAUAUUUUCAAGUUUACUUAGAAAUUUUAAAUUGUAUUAUUGCUGAUUCAAUUUGCAUCAUUCUAAUUGCUCAUCCUAUUUAGCAGUGGAUUAAUUCACUGUUGGGUUAAUAUGCAUCUCAUGAAAUGAUAUCUUUUCAUUCCUUUGUAUACCUGUAUUAGGUCAGUAUACGCUUUCCAUGAAAUAUAUUUGCAUUUCUAAUAUAGUUUACAUUUAUUAAGUUAUAACGUAUGACAUUUUUCCCAAUGUCAUUUUUUAUACAUUUUAAUUACUUAAUGUUUUAAGAGUUCUCUUCCAGAGUUUUGCUUUUCAAUUACGUUUAAAGACUGUAAAUAACAAACAGUAAGGCUGGGCGCUGUGGCUUACGCCUGUAAUCCCAGCACUUUGGAAGGCCAAGGCACGUGGAUCACUUUAGGUCAGGAGUUCAAGAACAGCCUGGCCAACAUGGAAAACCCCAUCUCUACAAAAAAUACAAAAAUUAGUUGGAUGUGGUGGCCUGUAAUCCCAGCUAUUUGGGAGGCUGAGGCACGAGAAUUGCUUGAAACCAGGAGGUGGAGGCUGUAGUGAGCCAGAUAGCACCACUGCACUCCAGCCAGGAUGACAGAGCAAGACCCUGUCUCAGAAAAAACAAAAACAAAACACUGUAAAUGUAUCAUGUUUCUCACUGCUUUCUAUGUUAAUGCUGUGUAAAUACUUAAAAUGGAAUACUGUAUAAAUAUUAUUUAUAUUUUCUCAGAUGAAAAUAUAUACUAAAACAUUUGGUA